UGUGCAGCCUGAGAGAAGCUGGCAACUCACGCAACCUAUGCCUAUUCUCGUACAUAUGCUUGGAUCACACUCCACAAAGGUAGGAGCACUUAGAAUUGACUGUUAAAGACCCUGGACGAGGAUAUUCAGCAGAAUAUCAACAGUUCCACUUCUGUUGCACUUACCACCACCUCUCCUGCCACCACCUCUGUUGAGCUCCAGCCCCUCAUGGCACAGACUGACCUGCCGUCUGAACAUGACAACACCCAGGAGGACAGGAAGGAAAAGGAGCCUGUGCAGCCAAGACUGCAGAGGGCCAGAGCCUGUCUCUUGAAGGGAGUCUCCUACUUCUCUGGAGACAUGGAGGUGUUUGGAAAAUGGAUGGAAAAGCAGUUUUUCUUGCUGCAGUUGCUCGACUGGGUUUUGCGCGGAGCUGCUCAGGUGAUGUUUGUUAACAAUCCUCUGAGCGGCCUCAUCAUUUUCGCUGGCCUCAUUCUCCAGAACUACUGGUGGGCUCUCAACGGAUUUGUGGGAACGCUCUUUGCCACCAUUUCUGCACUGAUUCUGCAACAGAACAGGGGUGCAAUAGCAGCAGGCCUGUAUGGUUAUAAUGGCAUCCUGGUGGGUCUGCUGAUGGCUGUGUUCUCCAAAGCGGGAAACUGGUACUGGUGGCUCCUGCUACCCAACAUCUUCAUGUCCAUGAUGUGCCCAGUUGUGUCCAGUGCCCUAGCAUCUAUUAAUAGUCGCUGGGAUCUGCCAGUGUUCACGCUGCCCUUCAACAUCCUGGUGUGUCUCCACAUGGUUGCCACUGGCCACUUCAACCACCACUUCCCCCAAGUCCUCAUUCAGCCUCGCUCAGAGCUGCCCAACAUUACCUGGUCUGAAAUCGAUGUGCCCAAGCUGUUCAUGUCAGUGCCUGUGGGAAUUGGCCAAGUCUACGGCUGUGACAACCCCUGGACAGGAGGAAUCUUCAUCAUCUCACUCUUCAUCUCCUCCCCUAUCACCUGCGCUCAUGCCGUCCUGGGAUCUGCUGUUGGCAUGGUUUCUGGCCUGGCUCUGGCAGCUCCUUUUGGAGACAUUUACUUUGGCCUCUGGGGAUACAACUGUGUGUUAGCCUGCAUUGCCAUUGGAGGAAUGUUUUAUGCCCUCACCUGGCAGGUGCACCUGCUUGCCAUCACAUGUGCCUUUUUCUGUGCAUACCUCAGCUCUGCCAUUGCAAAUAUUAUGUCUGCGUUUGGUCUUCCAGCCUGCACCUGGCCUUUCUGUCUCUCUGCCCUUACUUUCCUCCUAUUGACCACGGGGACCAAAAGGAUUUUCAAGUUGCCUCUGGCCAAAGUCACCUACCCCGAGAAAAACCUACGCUUCUUCUGGAAGCUGAAGAAGCAGGAGAAAAUGGAGAAGGCUGAGAAAGAGAGGAAAGAGAGAGAGGAGCAGCAGAAAGUCACAGAAGAAGAGAUAAUACUAAACGAGAAAGAGAAACUGAGGAUAGAGAUUGAAAGAAUGGAAAAAGGAGGAGUAGCAAGUGAGGCAUCAGAGGGUAAAAAUGGUGAGACACAUGGCAAAGACCAGGCACCUGGGGUAGAACAACAGAGCACUGAAGAAGAAGUUCUCACUGAUUAUGUUUAAUAGCUACAUUCCUGCAGAGAGAGAGAGAUGAUACACCAAUGGCACUUAACUGUAUGAAGUAUGAGUCUGUAUUAAUACUUUAAAAUGAAAAACUGGCAGUGCUUUCUUCUUUCCGAGUCCAGCUGAUGUGUUACUGGAUGAUUUGUUAAACCUAUUAUGUCUGUCUAUAUAAUAAAUGUAAAUAUUUUGUAAAUAUUUUCUAAAAUAUAAAGCAUUUUCUCA